GGCCAUGCUGACCACUGCCUGGAACUGGACUGAGUCACGGAAAAGCGAAUGGCUUCAUCUUAUCAAGUGUCUGAACAAAGCACAAUUUCUGAGCACAUUUUACAGAAAACAUGUGAUCACUUGAUGUUGACUAACCGUUCUGGAUUAAAGACAGACUCGGUAGCAGAGGAAAUGAAGCUGACUGCUGAGGACCAGGGGAACCCAGUGCACUGGGCAGCUCUCCUGAUGCUCGCGGUGAUAAUACCCACCAUUGCCGGGAACAUCCUUGUUAUUCUGGCUGUUUCACUGGAGAAAAGGCUGCAGUAUGCUACUAACUACUUUCUAAUGUCCUUGGCGGUGGCAGAUUUGCUGGUUGGAUUGUUUGUGAUGCCGAUUGCCCUCUUGACAAUCAUGUUUGAGGCUACAUGGCCCCUCCCGCUCGCCCUGUGUCCUGCCUGGUUAUUCCUCGAUGUUCUCUUUUCAACUGCCUCCAUCAUGCAUCUCUGUGCCAUUUCCCUGGACCGCUAUAUAGCCAUCAAAAAGCCAAUUCAAGCCAAUCAGUGCAACUCCCGGGCUACUGCAUUCAUCAAGAUUACAGUGGUAUGGUUAAUUUCAAUAGGCAUCGCCAUCCCAGUCCCUAUUAAAGGGAUAGAGACCGAUGUGAUUAAUGCACACAACAUCACCUGCGAGCUGACAAAGGCCCGCUUUGGCAGUUUCAUGCUUUUUGGGUCGCUAGCUGCUUUCUUUGCGCCUCUCUCGGUCAUGAUAGUCACCUACUUUCUCACCAUCCACACUUUACGGAAGAAAGCUUACUUGGUCAAAAAUAAGCCACCUCAACGCCUAACACGGUGGACUGUGUCCACAGUUUUCCUAAGGGAAGACUCAUCCUUUUCAUCACCAGAAAAGGUGGCAAUGCUGGAUGGCUCUCACAAGGAUAAAAGCCUACCUAACUCGAGCGAUGAGACACUUAUGCGAAGAAUGUCCUCAGUUGGAAAAAAAUCAGCCCAAACCAUUUCUAACGAACAGAAAGCCUCAAAGGUCCUCGGAAUUGUGUUUUCCCUCUUUCUACUCAUGUGGUGCCCCUUUUUUAUUACAAACAUAACUUUAGCUCUGUGUGAUUCCUGCAACCAGACUACUCUCAAAAUGCUCCUGGAGAUAUUUGUGUGGGUAGGCUAUGUCUCCUCGGGGGUGAAUCCUCUGGUCUAUACACUCUUCAAUAAGACGUUUCGGGAAGCAUUUGGCAGGUACAUCACCUGCAAUUACCAGGCCACAAAGUCAGUAAAAGCUCUUAGAAAGUGUUCCAGUACACUCUGUUUUGGGAAUUCAGAGGCAGAAACCUCUAAAUUUUUCACAAAACAUGGAAUUCGAAAUGGAAUCAACCCUGCCAUGUACCAGAGCCCAAUGAGGCUCCGAAGUUCAACCAUUCAGUCCUCAUCAAUUAUUCUCCUCCAUACCCUUCUCACUGAAAAUGAUGGCAACAAAGCAGAAGAGCUAGUCAGCUAUGUAUAGCGGACUGGGCGGCCCUCAUCUGACUGAGAGAGGUGAUGAGCAGGACACACUCACACCAAGGAAAAGGCAGAGUGAAAAUUGCUCUCCUGAAAGUGAGAGUGAAGCACUAACGCUGCCCAGCUUCCUUAUCUAAACAAACUCAAAGGUAAAGUAGUUCUGUAUGGCUACAAACAAAAGUGUCCCUACUCUGGUUUUCAAAUGGAAUACAAUUAAAUGAGUUGAUAAAUUUCACUCAUUAUAAACGAUGAAUGCCAAAAAAAAAUUAAGUUUCUAAUUGUGUGUAAAGUUGUGCUAAGAAAGAAAUAAAAUGAAACAAAAAAAA